GUCUCCAGGUCUUGUCCUGACCUCCUGAAGUUACAAUUUGGAAAAUGGAUGAAGGCUUAAAUGAAGAAACAUCUACAUAUAACUUACAAAAUUCCUCAAAAGCAUUGCUUUGUAUUCAGCGAUUAGAUUUCAAAACAAGCCUUCUGGAGGCAAUAGAAGAACUGCGUAUGAGAAGGGGUUCAGAAAUUAGUUAUGAAGAACAAAUUCACAAACUUGUCGUUGAAAAACAAGAACUUGAGUGGCAAAAGGAAGCUCUUCAGCAGCAGAAAGAGGUGUUAAACAGACAGCAUACAGAAGCCAUGGCAGCCUUUAAAAAACAGUUUCAAGCAAGGAUGUUUGCUAUGGAAGAAGAAAAGGGAAAGUUUCUGCUUGCCAAAGAAGCAAAAGAAAGAGAAACAGAGGGUUUAAAGGAAACAUUAAAAAAACUACAGAUUUCAAAAUACACUUUACAAAAGAAGCUUAAUGAAAUGGAGCAAAAGCUGCAGUUGCACUUUUUAGCAAAGGAAGACCAGCAGAAGAAUAUGAAUGAAUUUGAGAAAUGUCAUGCAACUAUUACGUGUCAGUUUGGAAUACUAAGAGGCAGUCAUGAGAGAUUAGAGCAGAAUGUUAUGGAAGCAGUCCAACUGAAUAAGAAAUUGCAAGAUGUGAAUAAAAGACAAGCAUCUGAAAUAGAUAAUCUAAAAAAGGAACUAAAAGAAGUUACAGCAAAGAUGAUAAGAUCCAAUGUCACUUGUCAGCACAGAGUGGGAGAAGAAAACCUCAAGCGUACAGCAAGGGAGCAAGAGUUACAAGAGCUGCGGCAAAAAAAUGCAAUGGAGACAGAGUUGAAUAGAAAAAUCACUGAGGAAAAUACACAGCUUAAAGAAGAGAAAGAGGAGCUUAUUGCUUCUCUACAACAUAUACAGCAACUGCUCUGCAGACAGAUUGAAACAAACACCAGAAUGGAAAUGGAGCUGAAUAAAUUAAAAGAAGAAUAUCAGACCCUUGAAAGAGAUAAUGAGCUGCAAAGGGAGAAGGCAAAAGAAAAUGAAGAAAAGUUCCUUAUUCUUCAAAAUGAAUAUAACAAAGCACAAGCAACUUGGAAAAGUGAGGCUAGAGACUUACCUAUUGAAUAUGAAAUGCAUACAGGCAGUAAGGAAAGCAAAUAUACACAAACAACCUUAAAAGUUUCAAAUAAUCUUGCACAAGAGGAAAAUGGAAUAAAAGAUGCACUACCUGCCUCUUUCAACCCUGAUGUAAAGCUGACAGCACAAAACAGUGCUUAUAUGUGUGUAUGGGAAGAUAACUCAGUUAGUACCGAAGGUAUAGUUCACAAUUACAAUACAAAGGAAGCAGCUGUCCUGAUAAUUUAUAAGGAUUAUUUAUGUUAUGCUCAUUGA